AUGGAGGUCUCAGUGAUGGGAAAUCCUCAAGCGAGGAUCUUCAGAGCAGAAUUAGCUUACAGGCAGCUCGGAUUUAGAUUUGGGUCGGAAGUAAUCUCCGGCGAAUCGAGAAAUAGGGUUAGUUUCUGGAGCCAGAGCUCGAAAUGGAAGGAGAUCGGGAUCCGGUGCUCCCCGAGCUCUGUCAAAUGCCAAGCCAUCGUCUCCGAUCAAGUUCCCUUUCCGAAAUCCACUCCAAAAUCCAGAUCGCUCGAGAGCGUGAAAUUAUUCGUGGGGCUUCCACUGGACACAGUUUCAGACUGCAACAACGUGAACCACAUGAAAGCCAUCACGGCUGGGCUCAAAGCUUUAAAGCUACUCGGCGUAGAAGGCAUUGAGUUGCCAAUCUUCUGGGGAGUGGUUGAGAAAGAAGCUGCAGGGAAAUACGAAUGGUCAGGCUACUUAGCAGUCGCAGAGAUUGUUAAGAAGGUUGGACUCAAGCUACACGCUUCACUCUCUUUCCACGGAUCGAAACACCCGGAGAUCAGUCUCCCUGACUGGGUGGCAAAGAUCGGCGAAGCUGAGCCAGGGAUCUAUUUCACAGACAGAUAUGGACAACAGUACAAAGACUGUUUAUCGUUUGCGGUGGACGACGUUCCUGUUCUUGAUGGGAAGACUCCUAUGGAGGUUUACAGAGGUUUCUGUGAGAGCUUUAAGUGGGUUUUCUCAGAUUACAUUGGCAACACAAUCACGGGAAUCACAUUAGGUUUGGGACCAGACGGCGAGCUAAGAUAUCCUUCUAAUCAACACGACACCAAACUCUCCGGCGCAGGAGAGUUCCAGUGUUACGACAAACACAUGCUUUCCGCUCUCAAACAGUACGCUGAAUCCACAGGAAACCCUCUUUGGGGACUCGGUGGUCCACAUGAUGCUCCUGCUUACGAUCAACAGCCUCAUUCCUCUUCCUUCUUCUCAGACGGCGGGUCCUGGGAAUCUCAGUAUGGAGAUUUCUUCUUGUCUUGGUAUUCGUCUCUUCUCACCUCCCAUGCAGACCGAGUCCUCUCUGUUGCUUCAUCAGCUUUCAGCGGAAGUGGAGUAUCUCUAUGUGGGAAGCUACCUCUCUUACAUCAGUGGCACAAGCUAAGAUCUCAGCCUUCUGAGCUAACGGCUGGAUUCUACAGCUCUAGUGGUCAAGAUAGGUAUGAGACAAUCGCAGAGAUCUUUGCAAAGAACUCUUGUAGGAUGAUAAUACCGGGAAUGGAUCUAUACGACGAGCAUCAAUCACCGGAAACUCUCUCGAGCCCCGAGACAUUGCUUUCCCACAUCAAAACGUCCUGCAAGAAACAAGGAGUGGCUAUUUCAGGGCAAAAUUCAUCAGCCCCAGUCCCUGGUGGGUUUGAGAGAAUCACUGCGAAUCUGAAGGAUGAGAAUGCAGGAAUUGAUCUGUUCACAUACCAGAGAAUGGGAGCACUUUUCUUCUCUCCAGAGCAUUUCCAUGCUUUCACUGUCUUCGUCCGGAACAUGAACCAAUUCGAGUUGUCUUCAGAAGAUCAAGCAGCGAAGCAUGAGGCUGAGACAGUCACCAUAGGUUCAGGGAGUGGUGCAGCUAGUUUGCAAGCCGCUUGA